AUGACCACCGCAUACAAUUUUCCGGACUUGAAUAUAUCGCCGAUAAGUAUUGUUGAUGAAGAGGAUAUUGCUGGUAUUCGUGAUCGAAGAGUCGAAGAUUUCCAGCACACACUUCCUGUUCACGUUCCUCUAGAACAGUCUCUAAAAGGGCUUUCAAUUUCUGACAGCACUCCAUCGGGAAACCCAUCAGUUGUUCCAGAUUCGGAUCCUAUAAGACUAGAAGCUGCUUCAGAAGAUGAAUACCACGGUAGUCUCGUCACAGCACGAACAAGUAGUGGUGAUCGCCGGACUGGUCACUCACAUGUUUCACUGCGACUCGGGGAUUCGUUUGACGAAUCUUCGGAGGAAGCCUUCAUAGCCUUGGAAAACAGAAUGAAACAUUCACUGUUCUCUGUAGCUGAAUCAUGCGAUAUAGCUUCAGCUUCGCAGGAUUCGUUCUGUUAUAUUUUAAGCGGUUGUUGUGUUUGUGUUGAGAUGGGAUGUUGUAAGGAGUCAUCGUCGGAUGUCCGAUCCUGUUUGCGCCGUAUGGGAGCGGUGGUUUCACGGCGCUUUACUGAAACAACCACCCACGUGGUUUUCUCGUACGGCGGAAGCACCGAAAUUCUUCAAAGCGUCUUCGCCUCUUCAACGAGACCAUUUUUGGUCGAUCCUCAUUGGGUGCACGAAUGUUUCAAGACUCAAACACGAGUACCGGAGGAGAAUUUUUCACUGUAUGAGUGCCGUUAUUUGGUGAACGCUCUUCGUCGCAGUUUGGAUCAGCAGAACAUAUCCGGUUGCAGAAGUAUAGUGCUGCAAAAUAUUACGAACGAGAAUGGUCAUGUUACACAUGGAAAUAUAUCUGAGUUGGAUUUGCUUUCGAAACGACUGGAUAAGAUAGGAGCCGCGACAACAUGUGUGCUUGGAAAUCGCUGCCCCAGCGUUUUGAAAGGAAAACACCUGCGACCAGAAUUUCCGCCAAUCUGUCCUUCAAGAACUGCUCACAAAGGUGUUGCUACAGUCAAAAUCACUCGCCGACGUACCCACGGUGCGUUUCCGUUGGAGUAUCGAGAACCGUCCAGUAUCGCUGUGAAGUUGGUUCAAGAAUCCAGAGAGGAACAAGCUGCUAUAUGCGGUAGGCCGAGCAAGUCACGGAUGGAUAAUUCGGAUUUACUCAAGGAAAAUGAAGAACCUAGAAGCACCCAAGCUUGUGAUCUUCCUCUAACUUCGAAGAGGGACGCGGUUUCGAGAACGAAGAAAAUCGUCAGCGAACAGCAGGGGACCCAAUUCUUGAAGUCACCGCGGAAAUGUCUCGUCGCUGUUGAAAACAGCUCUGAGCUAGGGGGACUACUUGGGCUUAAAACUCCUUCCCAGCGUGGUAUCUAUGGACCUCUUGUAGAAACAGCCUCUUCUCUAAUCAAUGAACUGCAAUCUGCAUCCAGUUCAGCUGAGUUUGUGGGUAGAAGACAAACUACACGAAUCACAAAUAAAACUAGAGAUGGAGUCGUUUUUACAGGAUUUGUGAAGGAAAUAGAACGAGAACUUUAUCCUCAUGUUCGUGACUUGGGCUUGAAAGUUCAUUCGAAAAUUAGUGCAAGAACGUAUUGCCUUGUAAGUGCAAAUGGAGAACGGACGCUCAACACAUUGCGAGCUGUGGUUAUGGGUAUCCCAGUGGUGACGCCUGACUGGGUUGAGAUGUGUGUUGAUUACAACAGACUGCUGCCAUUAGAUAAAUUUGAACACAAACGAUGGAAGGAACUGAUUCAGAAGAGAGCACGAAACUGUAACUUAUUUGAUGACUAUGGGCCAAUUAUGGUGUGUGAGGAUUGUGCCCCUCCUUCUGAUGUCCUCAAAUGGUUGAUUGAGGAAAGUGGAGGAGAGCUUACCACUGACCCACAAGAGUGCUCCUUAAUCGUUGCUCCAGCACAACAUUCUUUAGAAAUAUUAUGCUCAGAAGAAAUGGGAGCACCUCCCCCUGUUGUUAUUGAAAAAUAUAUUCUAGACUGUAUUUGCGAAAAUGCGGUGUUAGAUGUGGACGAUUACAUGGAACACCAAGUUGUUGAUGAUCUCUUAUGA